AAUAGCCUACUUUAGCUUUUGCCUUUGCCUUUUGUGUUAUAGCCCGGUUGCGAUAUGUCGCGCAUGUCCAUAUGAUUUGUGUCAUUAGGUGUUGUUUUCAUCAUUGCACGCGUGACUGAAACCGAGCUGCGAUUUUUCCCGCAUGUCCUCGCGACGCGGGAUGUAGAAUGCAGGGAUUAGUCAUGCAACCGCAGUAGACUACACACCUCAUCAUCCUUCUCACCGAUACCAUCAUCAUACGGCGCUGCUGAUCAUUUAAACAGGAGGGCAAGAGUGUCUGGGAAUUAUAUAUAUUUUCUGUUAUUUAUUUUAUGUUUGUGUGGUAGGCUAUCCGAGGUGAAUGAGUUCUCCGGUUGCGGUUCUUGCGGUGCUGGCCGCUUGCCUUUGCGGUGUGCCUCUCCCCGUGGCUUGUAGGGACCAUCUAAAUUACAGACCAAUCAUUGGGGUCCUGGCCCAGGAGAACAUAGUGGGAGACCCUCAUGCUCAGGGAUCCUCCUACAUCGCUGCUUCCUAUGUAAAGUACCUGGAGAGUGCUGGAGCCAGAGUUGUCCCCAUAAGAAUAAACAGAACUGAUGAAGAGUAUGAGAAUAUAUUUAACUCAAUAAAUGGGCUGCUGUUACCAGGUGGGGGUGUAGAUCUGCAGACUUCCCGGUUCAGUUGUCUGUCAAAGAUCUUCUAUGAUCUGGCUAUCAAGACCAACGAUGCGUCUGAUUACUUCCCCAUAUGGGGCACGUGCCAAGGCCUCCAGCAGAUGACAGUACUGUCCAGCAACAAGAGCCUUCUGACUCUGACAGAGACCAAGGCUGUGGCCCUGCCUCUCACAUUCACCCCAGGUCAGAGACCACACUGGGUUUCUGCAUUCUCCAAGGCCUUUCCCAGAGACCUGCUCCUGUCUCUGUCAGAAGACAACAUCACCACCAACUUCCACAGCUGGAGUCUAUCGCUACAGAACUACAGCCGGAAUGCCAAGCUGAAACAUUUCUACAAGGUUCUGACCACCAACACAGACGGACGGAGAGAGUUCAUUUCUACCAUGGAAGCGAAUCACUAUCCGUUCUAUGCUGUCCAGUGGCACCCUGAGAAGAGUCCCUUUGAGUGGGUAGAUAAGCCAGGUAUGGUCCACUCUGCUGCCUCCGUCAGAGCAUCCUUCUACACAGCACACUUCUUUGUCUCCGAGGCCAUGAAGAAUCAUCACAAGUUCUCUUCAGCCAGUGAGGAGGAGAGAGCUCUCAUCUACAACUAUUCUCCUGUCUUCACAGGUCUAGAUGGUAUAUUCCUGCAAAAGUAUUACUUUGAUUAG